CGAGUGCUGCAUAUCAUUGAAUGGAGCAAGUGAAGCAUCGAGCAAGAGAGAGAAAGACGGACGUUACAUUCCAGUAGCUUCGCUUGCUCUAUGCUGCAGUCACCUACACUUCACGUACAGCUAAUGAGUUGUUGCUCCUUUCCUUCGAGAAGAUAAGAAAGGUUCACUGUCUGUUAGUGUCCAUUGUGUUUGUAGUUUCUGGCUUGUGACGUGAGAGAAGGCAACGCAGAAGAUAGUACUGUCUGAAUUCUCAGAAAUUUGUGGCGUUCCUGUAGUGUCCGGAUACGCAGAGCUCAUUUGUACACACCAUGGACUCACCAUUCCCCUAUUUUGCCACCGCCACCGUCGUGAAAGGCUUUGGUCGCGGCGGAAAGCAGCUGGGAAUGCCAACAGCUAAUAUGGAUCGUUCUGCAGUAUCUGUCCUCCCGGAGGCACUACACACGGGAGUGUACUAUGGUUUUGGAUGUGUGGAUAACGGUUCAGUGCAUGAAAUGGUCAUGAGCAUUGGUACAAACCCCUUUUAUAACAACAAGGAGCGGAGCAUGGAGGUUCAUUUACUUCAUGAGUUUGAGAAUGAUUUUUACGACUCCAAGCUGAGAAUAAUCAUCGUUGGAUUCGUCCGCGAUAUGUCCGAUUUCCCUUCACUAGAUGCGCUAAAGGCUGCCAUAGCUAACGAUGUCGUUGUUGCCAAGGAGCGCUUAGCGGAUCCCACCGCCACAACGUUUAGACACCAUGAGUAUUUUCAACAGUAGACGCCGGGAUUGGGCACUUGCUGUGCUACUAGUAUUCCCAGACUUAUAUAUUUUAAACCCUUUAGAGAUGACGGCACCACCAGCAGUAUGAUGCCAUCAUGAUGACAUCAUGGUGACAUUGUCAUUAGUUGAUGUGCGCAUCAAUUAAUGACAUCAUACUAUGCCGUGAAUAGUUUCUAUGCUGAGCUGUGACCUUGCUUUCGUCGACCUGAUGCUGUGUUGAAUUAACCGCCUAUGAACACUGGUCCUGUGCUAUUUAUGACCGGCUAUUGUGAAACAAAUCCAAUCUGAGAACUGACUGAUUGACACAACAGAGGUGCAGGGAAGCAUGCAGCAAGGAUUUCCAAUUCCUUGUCGUCGCCACCCUGCAUACUGCUAUGAUUGUGAUGACUGGUACAGUGCCGCAGUCAUGUACUUUCAAGUAGCAGCUGCAUUAGGUAUUUUAGGCUGCAGACGAUUGGGGACUUGUUUGGAAAUUAAUGUCCCCCUGCAUCACCGUAUUCUUGAUCAUUUCAUUUAAUUUACUUUUAGAAUCACCAGUGACCGCUUUGAUUACCAAGAAUUGUCCUCUGGGAUCUUGUGGUGCUCC